GUAUGAACCUGGAAAUUCCAAAGAAGUACUCUAUGCGUUUCAGAAGAAAGUACAGAUGCCACUCCCUUCCUCGGCAUCGCGCGGAAACUCGCCAAGGCCGUCAACAGAUUUCCUCUACGAAAACGUGACGACAUCUGAUGUCACGUCCUCUACGUCACAUCUCAGGACAAAAUUGGCGAGCCGGUCUCUCAGCUUCAUUUGUCAGCGUUCGCUUCUCCGCUACGCGCGCGCUGUUUUAAAAGGUCCGCAGUCAUUUCAAGCAGUGCUCUGCAGAGUUCCCCCAAGGAAGCAUGCAACCGAAGCUGUGGACAAGUGCUUUCAUUGCCGUCGCAGUAUGUCUGUCCCUUGGUGUGCGAGGACGAUCUAGCACAAAUAUCUACGAUGUACUUCGCCUUAUGUAUCGCAUGUGUGAAACCGGCAAGGAGUCCUUGGAUGACCAUGUCAAGUGCGUGGAGAUGCUACUCGGAGGUUCUGGAGGCGAGUUAACUGAGGCAGCUGAGAAGUGCAUGUACCAGGCAGAAAACGAAACCCCGGAUGACGCCCCGUUGUUGCAACUCUGCUCACGGUACACACAAAUAGAACUGUGGAAGACCAAGGCAGAUAAGCCCCCUGCAUCACUUACUGGGGUGAUAAGCCUGGCAGGCCUCACGAGAAUGAUGUGCAUCAUGGGAGAAGUAAGGAGGCCAGUAUCAGCGUGGGAAGCCGCCUUCUCUAAAUGCUUUCCCAAAGGGCAGGAUCGGCGGACGUUGGAGAAAAUACUACAGAAGAAACGGCACUGAGUUGGCCCCCACCAAAGCGUCACCUGUACUAUAGUUAGCGUCGUCACAUCAUCAUCCGCACCUGUACAUAGACAUCCACGGCACACGAUAUUUAUGACAACCACAGGAAGAAUUAAAAGUCCGCCAUUCGUUCGCAUUUAAAACGGAUGCUAGAGAUAGAAGCAAUAAAGUAAUUUAAUAGAUGUACAGAACGCGGGUUCUUCGUUCCUACAAGUCCUCACGGCGAAAUUGUCUAUGAGGUAAGCGUAGUAUUCGGUAGUAUUGAGCAAGAUAUGCUUGUAUUGUUGGGGGUUUCGGGGGUUCAGCCUCUACCCUCGAAAUCGUGCCUUUGCUAGUGCAUUUUGGAGAGGGAAGACGAGGGUUAAAAUCCUCUCUCCCAUAUCAAGUUCCUGUGCAACCCAUCUCGAAAUAUUCUUCUGGAUUCGUAUACUGCUUGUAUCAGCCAGGCAGGGAUGUUCUGUAUGGCUGUUAUAAAAGAGUUGGCAUUACAUUUUACGUGCAUCAUC